CUUCCUCUUAAAUAAUUGGAAACACAAAAAAAUACACACAGAACCUUUUUUUUUAUCCUUUCUUAGUUAUUCAUCCUCAAUUUAAUUUCUCGCCGAGAUUUUCGUCCAGGUGGCGACGUACGGCCGCAGAAGCUACUAAUCUUCACCGUUGAUCCACGCGCCGGCGACAUCCGCUUUUGAUUUACGCUUGGUUCUUCUAAGAGGAGGAAGUCAUAUAUAUAAAUCAUUUUAUGGCGUGCCAAUGAGCAGAACUGAUGUUAUUUGCAGUAGAAGGUGGAGGAUUCUUCUCUGCUUCGGCUUCAGGGUAUAGCAAGGGCCUGAGCCUUCUCCUAUUGGGUCAGAGAAAUGAGGAUAAACCCAUGAGAGUUGCACCGUGGAACCAGUACCAGUUGGUAGACCAAGAAUCUGACCCUGAACUCCAGCUGGCUUCUACAAAGAAUCGCCUCUCCCGCGGGUGUGCCUCCUUUGUGUGCUUUGGUCGCACUUCCGCAGGGCCUGAUACUCCAUCUCCUCUUAAAGUUGGCCCUGCCCAACAGCAUGAUGUUUCCCCUGGGCUACCAGUUUCAAACGAUGAAAAGGAUCCCUCUGCUAAUGUAGAUGAUAAUAAUGAUGGUAGAAAGGUCACACUUAAAAGUAGCAUUAAAAGGCCACAAAUUAAUAAAUCUGUUCCUGAUGAGGCUACUAAUGAACAAGAUGCAUCAGGUGGACAUAGGGUUUGUUUUCCUGGUGAUCAAGCAGAGAGAAGAAGAGUGCAGUGGACAGAUGCUUGUGGUAGUGAGCUUGUUGAAAUACGAGAAUUUGAGCCCAGUGAAGUGGAUGGUUCAGACGAUGAAUUUGAUAAUGGAAAUGACAGAUUGUUCCUGUGCCAUAAUGUAAAUUGGAAUUUUGAUAGGAUGAUUGGGUCAUUCAUUGGGACAUUCACUGCGAACACAAUCCAUCACUCCAUUGAAGGCAAAGAGUAAAGAUUUUUUUGCACCUUUGGAGAUAUACACACCAACAUUUUGCUUGAGUGAUUGUUUGUGUCUCUACCAUUGCUUGCUGCGGCUUCAAGUUUUGCUCCUAAUACCCCUCAUCAAUUUGUUGUAUAAUUCUUGUGUGAAUUAUUUGCUUUUAUUCAUCAUUUUUAUGCUACUUUAUGUUCUUAUUUAUAUGUAUUAACAAAGCUUUAGUUCUUUGCUCUGGUUUUAUCAAAAGAUAAUACAAAUGUAAGAUUUUGUAAAGUAUCAUUGUGGCUGUCUGUUAACAAACUUGUUAUAAGACUAAGAUUUUUUUGAGGUCUA